ACGUGGAAGUCGCCAUUUUGAAUGGUCUCUUGAUAAUUAGUUGCGCGAUCUAAUCGUCUUGAAUCUUGAAUCUGGAUCGUCGCUUCGACCUCCGCUACGGGAAGCCUUCUAACGAUUUAUACGACUUUAUACGACUUUUAUACGACUUGUUUUUGAAUCCAAAUUAUUUGAGACUUUCAACUACAACACAUUCGCAGAAAUCUACACACAUCAAAUGCAGAUUCCAAGUUUGGUACAACACAAUCACAAUAAUGGCAUAUAAGCGCCAUCUAUGAUCUACAAGAACGAACAGAAACUAUUAUUAUAAACCUCACCACGUAGAUCAUUUUCUGAUGGGACCACAUUCUGCUAACUUCGUAUUUAUUAGAACACAGGACCACAAAUAUUUUCCAACCUUUUAACAAUGACUGAUCAAGAGUUUGUGUCAGUUAAGACCCUGGAUGAAAAGCUUAAGCCAAGGUAUCACAAAAUAUGCCAACAUUUCCUGAAGCGGUUUAAUGCGGAACCUGAGUUCUAUGCCAGGGCUCCUGGACGAGUAAAUAUAAUUGGUGAACAUAUUGAUUAUUCCGGUUAUGGUGUGCUUCCAAUGGCCAUAGAACAGGAUGUUGCCAUUGCUGUUAGUACCAAUAGCAGCAACACACUUCAAUUGGCCAAUUCUUCGAGUUCUUUUUGCGAGUUUUCCUGCCCGGUCGAUGAGUACACCAUAGAUAAAUCAAACCCAAAAUGGUUCCACUAUGUACUGUGUGGCUUCCGGGGAAUCGUGGAGCACCUGAAGGUCACGACCCCGCGCGGGAUGAAGGUCAUUGUGGACGGGACAAUACCGCCUAGUUCGGGACUAUCCAGCUCGAGUGCCCUCGUGUGCUGCGCCGCUCUCGCUACACUGCAUGCAAACAACUUAAAGAUGUCCAAGGUGGAGUUGGCCGAGUUGUGUGCUCACUACGAAAAGUACAUCGGGACAGAAGGAGGUGGCAUGGACCAGUCAAUAUCAUUCAUGGCUAAACAAGGGAUGGCAAAGUUCAUAGAGUUCAACCCAAUACGUGGCGUGGACGUCAAACUACCAGAAGGUGCUGUCUUUGUUAUCGCCAACAGCUGUGUCACUGCAAGCAAGGCAGUGACGUCACACUUUAACACUCGUGUCGUCGAAUGCAGACUUGCUGCGCAGGGAACCGGUAUGGUCGUAUGGGUUACUAUGGAAAUUACUUCUGAAUCUGCAUGUAAGAUGGAGGCUGGAGCGCAUGGUUCGCGGCUGACAGGAGCGGGUUGGGGUGGCUGCACGGUGUCCCUCGUACCGGCUGCCUCACUGCAGAACUUCCUGCAAGAGGUGCGUAAGCGAUAUUACAUGGAUGGAGUGCUUGAACUCACAGAGGAAGAGUGCACACGCGCUCUCUUCCCAACUGCUCCGGGAGUAGGUGCACAGCUGUACGUGCACUGAGAUAUGUAUCCUUCUCUUCUCCCCUUUACUGUUACUUCCUGUAUAACUUCCCCUUCUCCCUCAAUUCCUCUCUCGCGCUCUCUCUUACAGACGUUGUCUCAUAUACCUUGUCUCUUCCCUUUCUCCUUUUGUCUAUCUCACUCUCGCUUACGAAGAACGUGGAAUGGGAUACGUAAUAAAAAUGAUAUUUCUUGGUCCUCAAAAUGUAUCAAGAGUAUAUAUGGGUAAUCUCUCAGUUUAUGAAUAAUAGUACAAAGUAUUAUAAGAAAAAAGAGAUGUAAUUGAGAAAUAAUAUAUUUUAUUUUAUUGUCAACAACAUGAUAAUGAUAUUGACUAAUAUAUGAUGAUUGUAUACUAAUUAUGAUAUUUGAUAUAAGGGGUGAUAGAUAUUUUCAGCUGAACUGUGUAUAUUCCAGUGAAGAUAAGCAACAAUGUGUGUACUUGCCUAUAAGCAUCAACAGGCAGUCAGUAGUGAAUUUUCACAAUGUACCGCUCAUAUGGAAUAACAUGGAAUGCAACGAAAACUGAACGUAUGCUAAACGACCAACUUUCAACUGCAUGUAUUCGUGGCAUCGUAAUAUCGUGUGGUAUGGUGAUAUCGGGUUGCAAUUUGUGAUGUCUUGGGUAGGUGUGUGUAUGUGUGUGUAUGUGUGUGUGUGUGUAUGCAUAGGUGGACUUAUGAGGUUGAA